UGUAAGAGCUGAAGAUGAGGCCCAGGGUGGAGUGCUACUCUCCGAGGUUUUGGCUGGUGCUGGCAGUCCUCGCAACAACAGGGAGCGGGACCCACGCGCAAAAAAGCCACCCAAGCAUUGGCAUUGCGGUCAUCCUGGUGGGGACCUCAGACGAAGUGGCCAUCAAAGAUGCCCACGAGAAAGAUGACUUCCACCACCUCUCAGUGGUGCCCCGGGUGGAGCUGGUGGCCAUGAAUGAAACUGAUCCCAAGAGCAUCAUCACUCGCAUCUGUGACCUCAUGUCAGACCGGAAGAUUCAAGGGGUGGUAUUUGCUGAUGACACAGACCAGGAAGCCAUUGCCCAGAUCCUGGACUUCAUCUCUGCCCAGACCCUCACUCCCAUCCUGGGCAUCCAUGGAGGCUCCUCUAUGAUCAUGGCAGAUAAGGAUGAGUCAUCCAUGUUCUUCCAGUUUGGCCCAUCAAUAGAACAGCAAGCUUCAGUCAUGCUCAACAUCAUGGAAGAAUAUGACUGGUACAUCUUCUCCAUUGUCACUACUUACUUUCCUGGUUACCAGGACUUUGUGAACAAGAUCCGCAGUACCAUUGAGCACAGCUUUGUGGGUUGGGAACUGGAGGAGGUCCUUCUGUUGGACAUGUCCCUGGAUGAUGGAGACUCAAAGAUCCAGAACCAGCUCAAGAAGCUCCAAAGCCCUGUUAUCCUCCUCUACUGCACCAAGGAAGAGGCCACCUACAUUUUUGAGGUGGCCAACUCUGUGGGUCUGACAGGCUAUGGUUACACAUGGAUCGUGCCCAGCCUGGUGGCAGGGGAUACAGACACAGUGCCAUCUGAGUUCCCCACUGGGCUCAUCUCUGUCUCAUAUGAUGAAUGGGACUACGGUCUUCCUGCUAGAGUGAGGGACGGAAUAGCCAUAAUCACCACGGCUGCUUCUGAUAUGCUGUCUGAACACAGCUUCAUCCCUGAGCCCAAAAGCAGCUGUUACAACACCCAGGAGAAAAGGAUUUACCAGUCCAACAUGCUCAACAGGUACCUGAUUAACGUCACCUUCGAAGGCAGGAAUUUGUCAUUCAGUGAGGACGGAUACCAGAUGCAUCCCAAGCUGGUGAUCAUCCUUCUGACCAAGGAGAGGAAGUGGGAGAGGGUGGGGAAAUGGAAGGAAAAGAAAUUGCAGAUGAAGUACUACGUGUGGCCCCGCUUUGAGCUUUAUCCUGACUCUGAGGAGCGUGAGGAUGAUCACCUGAGUAUAGUGACUCUGGAAGAGGCACCGUUUGUCAUUGUGGAGAAUGUGGACCCCCUAAGUGGCACCUGCAUGAGGAACACAGUCCCUUGCCAAAAACGCAUUGUGACUGAGAAUAAAACUGAUGAGGAGCCGGAUUAUAUGAAGAAGUGUUGUAAGGGGUUCUGCAUCGACAUCCUCAAGAAAAUCUCAAAGUCUGUCAAGUUCACCUAUGACCUCUACUUGGUGACUAAUGGCAAGCAUGGGAAAAAGAUCAACGGGACGUGGAAUGGAAUGAUUGGAGAGGUCGUCACCAAGCGGGCCUAUAUGGCUGUGGGAUCCCUCACAAUUAACGAGGAAAGAUCAGAAGUAGUGGAUUUCUCUGUGCCCUUCAUUGAGACGGGAAUCAGCGUCAUGGUGUCACGUAGCAAUGGAACUGUCUCACCUUCUGCCUUCUUAGAGCCAUUCAGUGCUGACGUAUGGGUGAUGAUGUUUGUGAUGCUGCUUAUCAUCUCUGCAGUGGCCGUCUUUGUCUUCGAGUACUUCAGCCCUGUGGGCUAUAAUCGGUGCCUUGCUGAUGGCAGAGAGCCAGGAGGUCCCUCUUUCACCAUUGGCAAAGCUAUCUGGUUGCUGUGGGGGCUGGUGUUCAACAACUCUGUGCCAGUGCAGAAUCCCAAAGGUACCACUAGCAAGAUCAUGGUGUCAGUGUGGGCUUUCUUUGCUGUCAUCUUCCUGGCCAGCUACACUGCCAAUCUGGCUGCCUUCAUGAUCCAAGAGGAAUAUGUUGACCAGGUGUCCGGCUUGAGCGACAAAAAGUUCCAGAAACCCAAUGAUUUCUCACCCCCUUUCCGCUUUGGGACAGUUCCCAAUGGCAGCACAGAGAGGAACAUUCGCAACAACUACCCUGAAAUGCACAGCUACAUGGUGAAGUUCAAUCAGAGGGGAGUGGAUGAUGCCCUAUUCUCAUUGAAGACUGGGAAGUUGGAUGCUUUCAUUUAUGAUGCAGCAGUGCUGAAUUACAUGGCUGGCAGAGAUGAAGGCUGCAAACUGGUGACAAUUGGGAGUGGGAAAGUAUUUGCCUCCACUGGCUAUGGAAUUGCCAUACAGAAGGACUCAGGUUGGAAGCGCCAGGUUGAUCUUGCUAUUCUACAGCUUUUUGGAGAUGGGGAGAUGGAGGAGCUGGAAGCACUGUGGCUCACUGGCAUUUGUCACAAUGAGAAGAAUGAGGUUAUGAGCAGCCAGUUGGAUAUAGAUAACAUGGCAGGUGUCUUCUACAUGCUGGGAGCAGCUAUGGCCCUCAGUCUCAUCACCUUCAUCUGUGAACAUCUCUUCUACUGGCAGUUCCGCCACUGCUUCAUGGGUGUCUGCUCUGGCAAGCCUGGCGUGGUUUUCUCCAUCAGUAGGGGUAUCUACAGCUGCAUUCAUGGUGUGGCCAUUGAGGAACGCCAGUCAGCAAUGAACUCCCCCACAGCGACUAUGAACAACACCCAUUCCAACAUCCUCCGCCUGCUUCGGACAGCCAAGAACAUGGCCAACCUAUCAGGGGUCAAUGGCUCACCACAGAGUGCCCUGGACUUCAUCCGCCGUGAAUCAUCAGUUUAUGAUAUUUCUGAACACCGCCGCAGCUUCACCCACUCAGACUGCAAGUCCUACAACAACCCCCCAUGUGAGGAGAAUCUAUUUAGUGACUACAUUAGUGAGGUGGAGAGGACCUUUGGCAACCUACAGUUGAAGGACAGCAAUGUAUAUCAGGACCACUACCACCACCACCACCGUCCCCACAGCAUCGGAAGCACCAGCUCCAUCGAUGGGCUCUACGACUGUGACAACCCACCUUUCAACGCCCAGUCGCGGUCCAUCGGGAAGAAGCCCUUGGAUCUGGGGUUGCCCCCUGCCAAGCACAGCCAGCUGGGUGACCUCUAUGGCAAGUUCUCCUUCAAGAGCGACCGCUAUGGGGGCAGUGGGGCCCACGAUGACCUGAUCCGCUCAGACGUCUCUGACAUUUCCACUCACACGGUCACCUACGGCAACAUUGAAGGCAACGCAGCUAAGCGGCGGAAGCAGCAGUACAAGGACAGCCUGAAGAAGCGUCCAGCCUCUGCCAAGUCCCGGCGGGAGUUUGAUGAGAUAGAGUUGGCUUACCGCCGGCGUCCACCCCGCUCGCCUGACCACAAACGCUACUUCAGGGACAAGGAAGGGCUACGGGACUUCUACCUGGACCAGUUUCGGGCCAAGGAAAACUCACCACACUGGGAGCAUGUGGACCUGACGGAUAUCUACAAAGAGCGUGGAGAUGAGUUUAAGCGGGACACGGGAGGAGGAGGAAGUGGAUCCUGCACAAACAGAGCCCACCAUAAGCACGGUUCGGGUGAGUUUGGCGGAAGCAAUGAGCACAAGCAUGGUGUUGUGAGCGGGGUCCCGGCGCCCUGGGAGAAGAAUCUGACCAACCUAGACUGGGAGGACCGGUCUGGGGCUAAUUUCUGCCGCAGCUGCCCUUCUAAGGUGCACAACUACACUCCAUCGGUGGUGGGGCAGAAUUCCACUCGCCAGGCCUGCAUCCGGUGUGAGGCCUGCAAGAAAGCAGGCAACCUGUAUGACAUCAGUGAGGACAACUCUCUCCAAGAGCUGGACCAGCCACCUGCCCCUGUGCCCGUGGCCACCAGUGCCACCUCCUCCUCCAAAUAUCCUCAGAGCCCUUCCAAUUCUGCCUCCAAGGUGCAGAAGAAGAACCGUAACAAGCUCCGCCGGCAACACUCCUAUGACACCUUUGUGGACCUGCAAAAGGAUGACUCGGCCCUGGCCCCUCGCAGCGUCAGCCUCAAGGACAAGGGUCGCUUUUUGGAGGGGAGCCCCUACGCCCACAUGUUUGAGAUGCCAGCCAGUGAGACCACCUUUGCCAACAACAAGUCCUCAGUGCCCGCCACCAGCUACCACCACCACAACAACCCUGGCAGCAGCGGGGGAUACAUGCUCAGCAAGUCGCUCUACCCUGACAGGGUCACCCAAAACCCUUUCAUCCCCACUUUUGGGGAUGACCAAUGCUUGCUCCACGGCAGCAAAUCUUAUUUCUUCAGGCAGCCUGUGGUGGCAGGAGGGCCCAAAGCCAGGCCAGACUUCCGAGCCAUCGUCACCACCAACAAGCCGGUGGUCUCAGCCCUUCAUGGGGCUGUGCCAGCCCGUUUCCAGAAGGACAUCUGUAUAGGGAACCAGUCCAACCCCUGUGUGCCUAACAACAAAAACCCCAGGGCUUUCAAUGGCUCCAGCAACGGGCAUGUUUAUGAGAAACUCUCCAGUAUUGAGUCUGACGUUUGA